AACGUGUGGAUGAGCUGGAAUGGAUCGCUACAGAUAUUUCAUCUUCAACCAGAAAAGCAUGGUUGUGUUGGGGCUCUUACAGACAGCGUUUGCUACACUUUGUAUUAUCAGUGGAUUAAUAGACAGUACUUUCAGAAGAGAAUCAACAUUGAGUAAAACUAGGAUACCCAUCUGGGCUGGAGUGUUUAUGGGUGUUCCUGGAGUAAUGGCUUUGUUUUCUUCUCAGAAAAAGAAUCCAGUUCUGGUGAAUGCGAUGAUAAUUGCCUCGGUCUUUUCCUACUUCACCACUCUAAUUGUGAUCGUCUACGCCUCUCUAACAUUAGAGUAUGGUGAAAAAUACGAGUUCAGCGAGGCGCCCUCCCAUCAUCCAGCUGUGGUGUUUGUGCUUGAUCGGCUUGUGGAAGGAGCCAAUGUAACAAUGCUGAUUGCAUCUAUAUUUAGCGCUGUAACUGUGCUCAUUAUUAUUUACGUCAGUUGCCGAAGCCUUCCAUUUUGUUCCUGCUUUGACAGUGUAACUGGGCUUCAAAGACUACAAUCUAAUGAAGACCAGCUACAAACUGCAGAACUAGUUUGCAUGUCACACGGUCAAGCGGAUAGAAUUUUUAACUCUCCAGUGCAGUUUCCAGAUCUAAAUUUAGAAGGAGAUGAUGAAAUAACCAAACCACCCCCAUACAUCAGAUUUUCUUAGAAUUUUAUAAUGGAUCGUGGGUUUUAUCAGGAUAA